AUGAAAACGGUUAGCCCGUCCCAGGAGCGUUCACAACCAAAAACGUCCGCCUCACCAUCAUCUGCACAGAGAAGACCGAAAUCCAGCUUUAAGAUACCGCAUUGGUUAGCGCCACCGGAGGAGCAAGAGUGCUCAACCGAUGCGACAGAACAGACGAGAAAGACUCUGGCAUCUACAACAUUGAAACCAAGAACCACGACACCUGUGACUGCAACGACAGUUGCGCGGCGCAAUGCUGAAGAAACCUGCGGUUUUCCGGAUGGAUCUGAGCCACAGAAUGAUCCAGGCGCAAAAUACCUCACAACGCGCCUUGAGGUGACGCGACGUAAGGCAAUUGACGCUAUCUUUUACCACAGUGGUGGAGCCAAGGGCUGCAAUGCUAUUUGUGAAGAAAGGACAGAUUCCCAGGUGAAAUAUCAACACUGCAUAUCUGGAUGCUGUUCACGUAUUCGCUUCGCUGCAUGCAACGGAACAUGUUCAAAGGGGCUUUCGGGGAACUCCUGCAAUGAGCUUUGUUGCAAGGCCGAAAUAAUUUCGGAACAUUAUAAAAAAUGCCAAGCAACCUGUCGGGCAUCAUUCUUCCCGAGGUGGAGAGCUGAGUUAUGCAUCGAAAUGUGUUCCGCGAUUCAUCCGACCGAUCUUAUUCAACCCUCUAGGACGGAAGCGGAAUGCGAAAGUGGACCUGGGGUUUUCAGAUGA